CUCUGCAGCAAGCAUUGAAAAUGAAGAGGCCCCGAACUUUUGAGGAGCAAACGGAAUGCAUCGUGGACACUUUACUUACAGACUUCUUAGGCACCACAGUGCAGGUUGCUAACCGGGACCUACAUUAUGGAGAUGAACCAGAUUCAGGAGAGUCUUGCUCUUUUGACGUGGCCAUCAUUGCUGGCCGCCUUAGGAUGUUGGGUGACCAGUUCAAUGGAGAAUUGGAAGCUUCUGCCAAAAAUGUCAUUGCAGAAACCAUUCAGGGACAGGCAGGCGCUGUACUGCGGGACACAGUGCAAUCUCUCAGCCAGGCCUGGUGUGCUCAGGAUUCCAGCUUAGUUUACGAGAGAGCCUUUCUGGCAGUGUCAGUGAAGCUUCUUGAAUAUGUGGCCCGCAUGGCUCCCAAAAUGGCAAGACAGGUGGCUGUCCCCAUGACAAACAUGAUCAAUGGGAACAGUGCCAUCCGGGAGUUUGUCCAGGGCCAGGGAGGUUGGGAAAAUCUGGAGAGCUGAAGAAGAGGCGGCGCUGUUUCCCAGCCUGAACAUCACUGCCACUUUGAUCGGGUGAUUGAUUGCUGGCCAUUGACACAGACAACCAAAUCCAAAGCUACUUUCUUUUGGACACAACUGGACUUAGCUGAAUAAUUUCUUUGCCACUGAUGGCUAAAGUUGGGAGCAGCCCUCGGAGGUCUACAGAGAUUUUGUACUUUCCGUCUUUAUGAGAGUUUGAAGGAGGUUCCAUUUAAGCAAAGACCUCCAGAUACAAACUAAUGGCUUGUUAGGAGUGGAAUUUCCAGGCAACAGAGCAAGCCUUCGCUGGACGUAUUUUGGGAAAGGGAGCACACAGUAAACUAUUCAGAUUUAGCCCUGUCCCUUGCUAAGGAUCUUGUCUACUCACUCUACAGUCUAAAGGACUUCAAGGGAGAUCUUUGUUGGACUCUUGUUAUUUUAAGUUGAGGAUUUUCUUUUAAAUUCCUAUCCUAAGUUUUGUGUUAAUUUCACCAAAGCAGAAUUAUUUUUUGCAUUUUUAGGCUAAAA